UGCGCCAAAAUGGCGGAUUUGUCCGCAAAAGUGCACACACUACCAUUUACAAUCCACAAAUGGUCCAGUUUUUCAGCCAAUUACUUCCCAGAGAACAUUUUGGUUGACAAACCAAACRAUCAAUCGUCACGAUGGUCCUCUGACAGUAACUAUCCUCCACAGUUUAUAACAUUAAAGCUAACAAGACCAGGUAUCACCACUGCCAUUACCUUUGGCAAGUAUGAGAAAACCCAUGUGUGUAACCUUAGAAAGUUUAAGGUCUAUGGAGGAUUACAUGAUGAACAUAUGAUGGAGCUGCUUCACAGUGGCCUUAAGAAUGAUCACGUCAAAGAGAGUUUUACCCUUAGACAUGAACUGGAAGGGAAGGCUUUUCCAUGUCGCUACAUCAAAAUUGUUCCUAUCCUGUCGUGGGGMCCAAGCUUUAACUUUAGUAUUUGGUUUGUCAACCUUGCUGGUGUAGAUGAUCCUAUUGUAGUGAACCCCUGUCUGGAAUGGUUCAAUACUUAUCGUGAGAGAGAAGCCAUAAGACUGUGCCUGAAACACUUCAGACAGCACAACUACACAGAAGCAUUUGAAUCCUUACAGAAAAAGACAAGAAUAACACUGGAACAUCCCACGCUGACUGAACUACAUGAAAGACUGGUGACAAAGGGUGAUUUCGAUGGCUGUGAAAGCCUGAUUGGACAAGCUUCAGAAGAUGGGUUAUUUAGUCACUACUUGAGCAAACAGGAAUAUAAACCAAGAUGGAAGGCAAUCUUACCUCAUGUUGAUGAUAAAGAUUUGAGCUCAUCAAGACCAGGAAUGAGAGGUGGUCAUCAGAUGGUAAUGGACUCAGACUCCCAGCAAAUCUUUCUAUUCGGUGGCUGGGAUGGCAUGUCUGAUCUCUCUGACUUCUGGAUGUAUAGUGUCGAGACAGGACAUUGGACAUGUCUGUCAAGGAACACUGAGCUAGAUGGUGGACCAUGUGCAAGAUCUUGCCAUAAAAUGUGCUUGGAUAAAGAAAGGAAAUUGAUCUAUACUUUAGGAAGAUAUUUGGAUUCUGAGAGCAGGAACACUACACCUCUUAAGAGUGAUUUUUAUGUGUACGACAUCACAGCCAAUCAAUGGACAUUAAUAAGUGAUGAUACUGGUGCUGUUGGAGGUCCAUCCCUGAUAUUUGACCAUCAGAUAUGUAUGGAUGAAGAAAAAAGCAGUAUAUUGGUGUUUGGUGGCCGUGUCUUAACCAGUUCGUCUAGUGAAGGAAGAACACCAGAGACAAGCUUCAGUGGUCUGUAUUCUUAUGACUGUCAGACAAGUACUUGGAAGAAACUAAAAGAAGAUUGCCCAGAAUUACGAUCAAGAAUCGGACAUUCCAUGCUCUUCCAUCCGGGAAAGAGACUGUUGUACAUCUUUGCUGGACAAAGAGGGAAAGAGUUUCUUAGUGAUUUUCUUCAAUUCAACGUCGACACCUAUGAAGUGAAUGUUAUKUUCGAUGGUCUCAAAAAGGAUGCUGAUCAAGUUCCAGCAGCUGGUUUUACCCAACGAGCCACAAUAGACCCAGCAUUGAAUGAAAUCCAUGUAUUAUCGGGAUUGAGCAAAGAUAAAGAAAAACGAGAAGAAAUAGUGAGGAACUCUUUCUGGGUGUAUGAUCUUGAAAGCAAUAAAUGGUCAUGCGUAUACAAGAAUGAAAACAUGGGUCCACAAUACUGGACCAAGAUGCAAAGCGUCGAACCCUGCCCUCGUUUUGCUCACCAGUUAGUCUAUGAUGAUGUCCAUAAAGUACAUUAUUUGUUUGGUGGGAAUCCUGGCAAGGCUAGUCUACCGAAAAUGAGACUCGAUGACUUUUGGUCCCUAAAGCUUUCUCGUCCAAGCAAAGAACAACUGCUAAGAAAAUGCCAUUACUUAAUUAGAAAGCAAAAAUUCUUCGAAUUAGCAAUCGUUGACUCUAUUUCAGCUUUACRAUAUUUACAGAAUGAGUUAUCACAAACGGUAGCUCACGAUGACCCAGAGGAGAGUAGAGAGUUCCAGCUCCUUACUCGAUUUUUAUUCACGACUCCAAAGACCAUUGAGGAACCUAUGCAGUGUGAAAACGAUGAAGUGUUAACUCCUCCUGAUGACACCUAUCUGGGGAGAACACAGCUGUUUGACCAGCUAGUUGKCUUUUUCCCUGAAAACAUGGCACAACCAAAGGGAAGUCUUAUCGACCUAAUAACCUUCUAACACCAGACACAUUCACACAGAUGAAUCCUGAUAACCACUGCAUCAUCGUUCCUCUCUCGAGAAAAUUUCAAGAGAAGACAACUUUUGAUGACACUAAUAAUAUAUUACAGAACAGCUUAGUUUUGGGAGUGACGCAAGAGUUGCGAUCAAAUAAUACCCAAACGGGUUCCCUGUGUUCUGAAGCCAAGAUAAGUUCACGGCAACAAGACAGUGCGAAAAAAAUUAAAGCAAGUAACCGUUAACAGCGUGAGAUAAGACUAACUAGGAUAAUCCGUUCUUGUCGUAAAUUAAAUGAUAAURAGCAUCCAUGGUAUCUCUUUGGCAGCCCGCCGAAAUUGUGUAUAAAAUUUUAGAAUUUGUUCUGAAAAUUUUUUAAUGUCCAGCACAUCUUCGGAUGUAUCGUUUUCGUUUUGUCAUUUUGGGACAGUCGAAGAGGGAAAUAUGUAAAGACUUAAUAAACUGCAUUCGUAUUCUAGAAA